GAUAUCAUUGUUAUUUUAUUGCUUCAGUAAUGAAGGGCCCAAACACAGAGACUGAGGUAGUGGAGGAGGGAGGUUCAUCACCAGUGGACUCCAAUAAUGAUGAACUCCCACCUUACUUGCGAGAAGAUCCACCAGAAGACGCAGAUAAGGAUCACCCGAAGACUGAGGCGGGCGUGGUUUGGAGGGUGACAGGAGGACUCUUCAAUUUGACCCGGGGCGCAGUUGGCGCCACCCUCGGUGGCGUAGCCUGGGUCGGAAGCAAGAGUUUCGAGUUGACCAAGACGGCCGUGACGAGUGUCCCAGCAGCUGGUGUGGGCCUGGUCAAAGGCAGCGUCUCCGUGGUGACCGGUGGAGUCGGAGCAGUCGGCUCAGCAGUGGCUAGUAAAGUUACGCCAAAGAAAAAGGACAAGUCUGACUAGAUUCACCGUAGUCUCACAAUCUCUGUUGACGUGCGUGCGUGUCUGCUGAGAUCUGGGAUGUUUUAGAGGAUCGUUUUGAAAUAUGGAUGUCAACUUUCUG